AUGGUUCGAGGGCUUUUCACAAUAGCCCGGCCGUUGCUCGUGGCAAGGCGGAUGGCGACGAGAGAGAUGGAGGAAUGCGAGAAUCGUUUCAGAAUUUCACGCAGGGCUGAUGUUUCCGAACUUGGUAGAAUGGCCCAUCUCUAUUUACGGAAAAAUGGCGACAAUCUUGUUUUCGAGGCGGUGGGGACGGAGGCCACUUCUAUCGCCUUGAAGGCUGCGGCUGCGGCGAUGAAACUCGCGGAUGAGAAGAAACCCAUUGAGAUGGAGAUCACCGGGCCCACGGAGGAGAUAGCGAAAACGAUGGGAGGUAUUGGUCCGCUUUGCAUGAGGAAAAUUGUGGAGGCUUUGGAGAUCGCUGGGGCUCAGUGUGACGAUGGGCGGGGUCGGUGUAUUAGAACGACCGCGAGGUUCGAGAAUGUACCAUGCGGAAAAGGUAUCACGUAUUUCUCUUGA